UUUGCUUCACUUGCCCCGUGUUGUUCGCCCUUGUUCCUUGUACCAAUACCUAGCUGCUAUAGCUUAUCUUAUCCACAGAAGCUCCAUUGUUUCAAUACCUCGGGCGUCAUCGUCUCGACCGCGGGGUUCCGCUUCCGUGGGUGGUUGGCCAGCAACGCCAGCACUAUCACCGCCACCAGCCGCGUCCUCCAUUCCACGUCCAUGGCCUGUAGAAUUAUUUGUGGGAGUUGUUAAUAUCCGCCGCAAGCACCGGCUCGGGACGGCCAAUUCGUUUCAAUAACCAGCUGUACUGCUACUACCUUGCCCAUCAUGUCGUGGAAGGCCUCCGAAAGGCUGAUGGACACCAUCCGCCAUUAUGCUAACUUCCCGGCCACUGGGGUUAGCUUAAGGCAAAUGGUACAAUUCGGCGAGAGGCCAUCAGUCGGGACCUUGUUCCGCGCCUCCCAAUUCCUUGCCGAAGAGCUGCCCAUUCGCCUCGCGCACCGAGUAGAAGAGCUUACAAGCCUGCCCGAUGGGCUUAACGAGAUGCCGUCGGUCAAGAAGGUCCAAGAAUGGUAUGCGCAGUCAUUCGAGGAGAUUACCGGCUUACCGCGCCCCAAACUUGAGCGAGACGUACGAGAGCGACUUUUGAAUCCUGGCAAGUUUCAGAAUGGCAAAGGAUCAAUGCUGUCCGAAGCGAUACCAAACCCCAGUAUUCGCGAAGGCCAAUAUGCUUCUGCACCCAUAGGUCACAAUGGGCUGAAUGGCAACAAGAAGCAUCAAGGAGCGAGGCGGUAUUUCGCUAUGGUCGAUGAUACGGGCGACUGGCCUCCUGAACUCCAGGCCUACAAUCGCAACUUCGCUCAGUGCUUACAUAAAAUCAAGAGGCGGCACGACGGUGUAGUCACAACUAUGGCGCAGGGUAUACUAGAGUAUAAACGCAAGCGACAAAGAAUGCAGAUCGACAAUAAUAUUCAGUCGUUUCUGGAUCGCUUCUAUAUGUCGCGCAUCGGAAUACGUAUGCUUAUUGGACAGCAUAUUGCGCUGACCGACCAGAGCCACCAUCGAGAUCCUACUUAUGUUGGUAUCAUUUGCACCAAGACCAACGUGCGUGACCUAGCUCAAGAGGCCAUUGAGAAUGCCCGUUUCGUUUGCGAGGACCACUAUGGGCUUUUUGAAGCCCCGAAAAUACAGUUAGUAUGCAACCCUGACUUGAACUUUAUGUAUGUGCCGGGGCAUUUAUCACAUAUGUUGUUCGAGACAUUGAAGAAUUCGUUAAGAGCCGUGGUCGAGACACAUGGACAAGAUAAACAAGAAUUUCCGGUCACAAAGGUCAUAGUUGCGGAAGGUCGAGAAGACAUUACGAUCAAAAUUUCUGACGAGGGUGGUGGUAUUCCACGGAGUGCUAUACCAUUGGUUUGGACAUACAUGUAUACCACUGUCGAUCGGACACCGAGUCUUGAUCCAGAUUUCGACAAGAGUGAUUUCAAAGCUCCCAUGGCCGGGUUCGGGUAUGGCUUGCCUAUAUCCAGACUUUAUGCUCGAUAUUUCGGUGGUGAUUUGAAACUUAUUAGCAUGGAAGGAUACGGAACCGAUGUUUACCUUCACUUAAAUCGCCUAUCAAGUUCAUCGGAGCCAUUGCAGUAGCAAUUAGCAGCCAGGAGAGACGAAUCAUCAUCUCGAGGAUUGGCUAUACCCUUGAGGAUGAUGCAGAAACGGCUCAAGCCGUUCGAGGUAUCGGAACGCAAGCAAGUCGGCGACGCCGAAUCUAUGAUGUCGCAGGAACAGAGCAGCAGAUUUAUAUGGGAUAAUACCGGCGGAGAGCUCUGAUAUUUGUAAAAUUCAAACAUUGGUUAAAAGGAUACACACACACACACACACAUUUCGCACAAUAUC